GUUGUUGUUGUUGAGUUGUUUGAUAUGUCAGAAAAAUAUAAUACAAUAAUAUUAUAAUAUUACAAAUUACAAUUUCAAUAUUAUUUUCAUUUAACGGGGCGAAUCGAAUGCCCAACUUUAAACAGUGCACAAUGUAGUUAUUUCUAUUUGGAACAGUUUGUCAUCAAUGAAACAACUACAUUAAAAAUCCAAAUUCGUUAUGGAGGAUAGUUUGAGUGUUAAAUCGAACGAAUCAAUAGCAACUAGUGAAGAAUUCGAUUUUGUUGGAGAUAAACCAGGUGCAAGCAAAACACCUACACUUGAUUUCAAGAACGGUGAUUUGAAUGAAUUAACAAACGCACUCACAGAAGUUUUACAAGAACCAGAUAACAAUAUGAAUGCUGUUAUUGAUCAUGGUGCUACAAAAAUUGGUCAUAGUACCUUUUAUGGAAGUCCAGUAGAACUAGGAAAAGACCCUCUGAGCUUGGACGGUUUGUCUCCCACUGAGAAACAGGAUCCAAUGAAACCUGAUGCAAGUUCUGAGGAAGAAUACAGUAUUUCAGAUGUUGAUCAAGAAUGUACCAUUUUCUCAGGAGUUACAUAUCUUGGAGCAGCAGCCAUUAAUGCUCCGAAGUCUGAGGCUGAAAUACAGCGAAAUAUGACAAUAUUGAAUGAACAAAGUACUGAACAGGGAAUAAAAAUUUCUGUAUCAGUACCCUCAUCAUCUCAAGGUCUUGUUAUACUGUAUGAUGCAAACACCAAUUCAGUUAUCAGUCGCUACGAGAUACACCGCAUUCUAUUUUAUGCCCGUGGAUCUGUAGAAAGUAACGAAGCUGGCUGUUUCGCCUUCACCUGGUCUCAUGGAGAUACCCAAGAAUCUGCCAUAUUUCAGUGUCACAUCUUCCGAUGCGAAAUCGCCGAGGCUGUCUCUCGAGUCUCGGCAUGUUUUGCUAAGGCUUUCCAGAGAGUACCGAGGUCCAUGAGUAGUUCAGUGGUGUCGACAUUGGAUAUGGCAGGUUCAGUCACCACUAUCUCCGAGGCUCGCACACUGAUGUACGUGUUCGAGGUUAAUUUGGAAAUCAAGGAAGACGAUGGAAAAGGAUCUCUCUAUUCUGUUGGGAAAGAUAAAAAUGGAUUCAAAUUGAAAGCUAACAUUGAAAAACAGUUGUGUUUUGUUAUUCGGCAAGUGUCCGAUAAUGGUCCUCAGUUAUGCAUUGAACGAUGUUUUGGGGUAUUGGUGGCAGCUGGACGACAUGUUAAACACUCGGACAUGCAACUGCUUGAAAUGAAGGAACAAAUAGGUUUGGGCACAACGAUUCAGGAAAAGAAUUGCUCAACUAUCUCAGCGGAUUGGGACCCUAAAGAAGCCACAUUCAGGCCUCUAAACGUAGAGACGCCAAAAGAUACAAAGCAGUACAUGACCGUCGCUUUAGACUUAGUGAUUAGAGGUAUCCAAGAGCCUGUCAGAUUUUUAAUAGAGACUACUGUUCGAGUAUUUGCACCGAAUGAAAGAAACUUUUCGUAUUUUAAUAGGAAGACGUUGGUACAGCAAUUUUAUCUGAAUUUGAAAGAGGUUGUUUCUGAUCUGAAUGACGUCUAUUAUGAAGUGUUGAACAUGGAAACGUCCGGAGAACUAGACAGAAAUUUGCUGAAUCUCAAUCUGAAUUUAACCAGUUUAAUACCAUCACCUAGUAUAACGUCCAUUGACACAAUCACCCCUAAGGAAGAAUAUAAUUCAGACGGUGACGAACCCCUAUUGAGUGGUACUGGUCUAGUAUCAAAAGAUUGUGCUGAGGACGUCUUAGAGAAUUGGGCAGAUGUUCUGCUCAAGUGGAAGUCGACCAAACAGAAACCCAAGCAACUGUCUGGGCUAGUAAGGCUGGGUAUACCUGAAGCACUCAGAGGAGAGGUAUGGCAAAGACUAGCAGGAGUGGAGGAACACACAGAAAUGAUGGAGAAUUAUAGAGUACUCAUAACAAAGGAAUCCAGCUGUGAAAAUGUUAUCCAAAGAGAUAUAGCUCGUACUUUUCCAGCACACGACUUCUUCAAAGAAGCUGGCGGUCUAGGCCAGGAUUCUCUCUAUAGAGUUAGUAAAGCAUAUGCAGCAUAUGAUUCAGAAGUUGGAUACUGUCAGGGAUUAAGUUUUUUAGCAGCUACCCUCCUUCUACAUAUGCCUGAAGAACAAGCUUUUUGCAUUUUGGUGAAAUUGAUGUAUGAUUAUGGUCUGAGAGAUUUAUACAAAGAUGGCUUCGAUAAUCUAUAUCUUAGACUCUUUCAACUGAAUAAGCUUAUGGAGGAACAACUCACUCCACUGUGGGAUCAUUUUGUUGAGCAUCAUAUUGAGACCCAUAUGUUUGCUUCUCAGUGGUUUUUGACAUUGUUCACUGCCAGGUUCCCCUUGUACUUUGUUUUCCAUAUCAUAGAUAUAUUUUUAUUACAAGGAAUCGAUACACUGUUUCAAAUAGCUCUCGCUUUAUUGAUGGUAUGUAAGAAAGAUCUUCUACUAUUAGACUUCGAAGGUAUAUUGAAAUACUUCAGAGUUUCAUUGCCAAAAAAGUGCAGGACCGAAGAGGCAGCUAAGCAGCUCAUCAAAUUAGCUUGCAGUAUAAAAGUAAAAAAAUUGAAGAAAUAUGAAAUUGAGUUCAUGGCAUUGAAGGACAGCUGGGAAAUAAUCAGUUUGGAUACAGAGGCUGCAGACAAUGCGGAGAAAGAGGCUAGCGAAGUGGAACAGCUCCGGGAAACAGUUUUGAGAUACGAGGAAGAAAGGAAGUUGAUGAUGGAUGAGAUUAGUCAGUUGAAAGAGAUUCUGAAAAGGGAAGUGAACCAGGCGGAAUCCGAUAAGAAGAACAAUAUGGCAAUUAUCAAUGAUUAUCAGGUGAUACGGCAGAGGAUGGAUACACAAUUACAAACAUGUAAAAUGGCGCUUUCUAAUUAUAAGCUGAUAACUUCUAGUUGUGAGAACUGUUCUUCAAAUCUAGCAAAAUCUAAUUCCGAACAUAAAUCGCCAUCUGAGGACCAAAUCAGUAACGAAGAAAGACUUAGAGAACUAGAAUUAGAAUUAGCCCAAACCAAACUGGCGCAUGUUGAAGCAGAAUGUCGUAACCAGAAUUUGACACACCAACUAAGAUCUGCUGAGUUAGAAUUGAACACGGCAAAAAACAGUUGGCCCCCAUGGCUUAGUAAAACUCUGAGUUCGAUCAAGGAAGUGGCGAAUAAAAAAGAUUUCGCCAGCUUAUCCCUUCCUCACUCAACCGUUCCUCAGACAGCUCCAACCUUUAUAUCUCACUUACAUGCAGUGAGAAGAGAAAGUGUGCCAUCUAAGCAGGACAAACUCAAUGUGAAAGAACCACGUAGAGAGUCUGUCCCUGUCAUCAAGGAUUCUCAAAGUUGUAACAGUUUGAGGAGUCAUGACUGAUCUGAUUAUCGUUAGGUUAGAUCAUGGUGGAAAUAUAUAUGGUAUGCUACUCAGGUAUCUUGAAUUCGUCUUUUCUACGUCAUUGCGAGUCUAUACUCGCACCAAAAUGAUCACGUCGACUCGGGCGAACUGAUAACUGUGAGCUCAGACUGCUAGCAAUUGUUUUACUCGCAGUGACGUAUCCGAAGAUGCGUCGUAGCACACCAUACUGAUUCCACCAUAGGUUAGAUAUUCCUUCUUUAUAAACAAGUUCGCCGUGCUUGAAACAAAAAAUAUCCCUGUACUUGUCUUGGGUUCCAAUGAAUUAUACAAUAUUGUGAUGGCUAGCGAGCAAUACCUUGGCAGUAGAUAAGAAAAGUUUCAUAUAUUUACCUCACUUUUUAGGCUGAAUUCAUUACUGUUGACGAAAUACAAAAUUCAUAUUAAACAGAGUUGGCUUAGUGUAUUUUUCAGCCCUCACUUUUUUGUUGAUUAUUUUUGCAGCUCUAACAUUUUUCUAUUAAAAAGAAGAUUAAGAAGAUUAAUCGGCUUCGAUAAAAUGCUCUGUUCUAUAAUCAAAUCAAUUUGAACAUGAAAUAACAUGCUAAUAAUCAUGCAUAUGAAAAAAUAUCAAGGGAAAAAAACAAAUCGAUUUGACAUUUUGCAGACUCAAUCUUUUUCAUGUGGUUAUUUAUUCUGGUUGGUUUUGAUGCUAAUUCAUUUACUAGUAUCAGAAUCGUAUCAAACCUAUUCUUUUCAAAUUCAUGAAUGCUUUAUAACAUGUAAUUCCUGUUCAAGAGGAGUUUACUCCAUGUGGAUUUUAUUAAAUUCGAUUGAGAGCACUUUUUUAUGAAGAAUUCACACAGUUUUCAAUUUUUGUGGUGAAAUUAAAAAACACUUAAGCCAACCCUGUUGAAUACAAUCCUUUAAAAAAGUUUUUUUCGACAAAUUGAAAGAAAAGUUUGUUGCUAUGCGAAUCAAAUUGGUAAUCAAAGUUGACACUGACGUUGGGUGAACAAAAAAUGAUGGAUUAUCUGAAGUUUGCGUGAAAUUGGACGAAUUUGGAGAAAAAAUGAUGUUUCACACGGCAGAGAAGCAGAUUUAAUGCCUUGGCUGGUUUCCUAGCCUAUAUUCGUUGAUAUUUUCAAUGAAUGCCAAAUUUCAGAAUUUUAUUCACAGUAUCUGAGAAACGUGUGGGUAAGCUUUUCAUGAAUAAUCCUGUAUACAUUUUGAAUUGGAACCCUAAAGACAAUCACAAAAUUAAAAAGUUGUUUUUGCAUGGCUGAGUGAACUUGUGAUUUUAUCAUUUUCGAAUAUAUUCUUUCCUCUCGCAGAUGAAUUACUAAUUUAUGAUAUUUUUUUUAAUAAAAGAUCUAGUAUUGAUAUUUUGAUUUCGACUUGUAUUGGACAUUUAUAUUUUCGUACUUUGUUUUUGUUUUUGUCAAAUGAUAUUCUUAGUGAUGCACAACAUAGUACUUACUUAUAUUUGAUUAGAUACCAUCUCAACAAAUAACAAAUUAUGACAUCAAGUUUAGAACUUGAAUCCUCUGUGCUAUUGUUGACUUUGAUAUUUUGUAUGUGCUUCAUUUUUAUCCACAAUGGAUGAUUUCAUUUUCAAAAGGUGCAUCAUCUGUAUUUUCUUUCAAAUACAAUUUUGUUACCUUAUUAUAUAUUUUGUUUCUGUAUAUACCUGAAAAAUAGUGAUAUGCCAAUAUCGGCUUUCUAUAACAUCUUUCAGCCAUAUAUUUUUAUUGAUAUCGUUUUCGUGAUAGAAAUAUUUUUAAGUUAUUUAUGUGUACUGUUGAUUUCGUGAAUAAAUAUAUGCACCAGUUUUUUAAG